GGGCGCCGCCAUGACGGCGGAAGUAAUGGCGGAAGUGGCACCGUUGCCAGGCAGCCGUUACCUGGCGUCGCGGGGCGUACUCUGCGCUGGGCGCGCGGAGGCCUAGGCGGGAAGCUCGAGUGGUGGCGCCAUGGCCCGAGGUAGCGCGCGGCUGGCGGGGGUCCCGGGUUCCGGGGUCCCGGGGUCCAGGGUCGGCGGCCGGAGCGCUCAGGGCCCCCGCCUAGGCCCUGAGGCCAGAGUCCCCGCUCAGGCAGGGUCCCGUCUGCCGGGCGCCCACCCUCGGGCUCCCGGAGCUUGGCUUCCCUCGGGCGCCCGGGCUCGUCCCGCCGGCCUCGCUGGCGUUGGCGUCGCCGGGGAAGGCGCGGAGAGCCCCGGCUCCUGCCUGGUCCCCGAGGCCCGGCCCAGCCCCGCAGUGGCCCCGGCUCGCGUGGCCGAGUCCCCUGACGCCCGGCGCCCGCUCCCCGCAGCGUGGCAGCACCCGUUCCUCAACGUCUUCAGACACUUCCGGGUGGACGAGUGGAAGCGCUCCGCCAAGCAGGGGGACGUGGCCGUGGUCACGGACAAGACCCUGAAGGGCGCCGUGUAUCGCAUUCGGGGCUCAGUCUCUGCCGCCAACUACAUCCAGCUCCCUAAGAGCAGCACCCAGUCCCUGGGACUGACGGGACGAUACCUGUAUGUGCUCUUUCGGCCCCUGCCCAGCAAGCACUUCGUCAUCCACCUGGAUGUGUCCGCCAAGGACAACCAAGUCAUCCGUGUGUCUUUCUCCAACCUCUUCAAGGAGUUUAAGUCUACGGCCACGUGGCUCCAGUUUCCCUUGGUCCUGGAGGCCAGGACACCUCGGAGAGAUCCGGUGGGUUUGGCCCCCUCCGGAGCCCGCUGGACCUGCCUGCAGCUCGAUCUGCAGGACGUUCUCCUGGUCUACCUGAAUCGGUGCUACGGCCAUCUCAAGAGCAUCAGGCUGUGCGCCAGCCUGCUGGUCAGGAACCUGUACACCAGCGACCUGUGCUUUGAGCCUGCCAUCUCUGGGGCCCAGUGGGCAAAGCUGCCCGUGACUCCUAUGCCUCGGGAAAUGGCAUUCCCUGUGCCCAAGGGAGAAAGCUGGCAUGACCGCUACAUCCACGUCCGGUUUCCAAGUGAGAGCUUGAAAGUGCCUUCCAAGCCGAUUGAGAAGAGCUGUUCCCCUCCUGAGGCAGUCCUCCUGGGGCCGGGGCCACAGCCUCUCCCUUGCCCGGUGGCCUCCAGCAAACCUGUGCGGUUCAGUGUGUCUCCAGUGGUCCAGACGCCCAGCCCCACAGCCCAGUCCGGCCGGGCCCCCUUGGCACCCAGGCCCUUCCCGGAGGUCAGCCUGUCCCAAGAGUGCUCAGACGCCUCCAACGCGGAUGGCCCCGGUUUCCAUAGCCUUGAGCCCUGGGCCCGGGUGGAGGCCUCUGAUGUCCACACGGCUGCUGCUGGCACCCACGUGUUGACUCACGAGUCGGCUGAGGUGCCUGUGGCCCGCACCGGCUCCUCCAAAGGAUUCCUCCCAGACCCAGUCCUGAGGCUCAAGGGCGUCAUCGGCUUUGGGGGCCACAGCACCAGACAGGCCCUGUGGACCCCAGACGGGGCGGCUGUCGUGUACCCCUGCCAUGCGGUCAUCGUCGUCCUGCUUGUGGACACGGGGGAGCAGCGCUUCUUCCUUGGCCACACAGACAAGGUCUCCGCCCUGGCGCUGGAUGGCAGCAGUUCACUAUUGGCCUCGGCCCAGGCAAGGGCCCCUAGUAUGAUGCGGCUCUGGGACUUCCAGACCGGGCGGUGCCUGUGCCUGUUCCGGAGCCCAAUGCACGUUGUCUGCUCUCUCAGCUUCUCUGACAGCGGGGCCCUUCUCUGCGGGGUUGGCAAGGACCACCACGGGAGGACGAUGGUGGUGGCCUGGGGCACCGGCCAGGUGGGCCUCAGUGGCGAGGUGGUCGUUCUGGCAAAGGCGCACACUGACUUUGACGUCCAGGCCUUCCGGGUCACCUUUUUUGAUGAAACCAGGAUGGCGUCGUGUGGGCAGGGCAGCGUGCGGCUCUGGCGGCUGCGUGGCAGGGCGCUGCGUUCCUGCCCCGUGGACUUAGGGGAGCACCAUGCGCUGCAGUUCACCGACCUCGCCUUCAAGCAGGCCCGGGACGGCUGCCCGGAGCCCUCGGCUGCCAUGCUCUUGGUGUGCAGCCGCAGCGGACACAUCUUGGAGAUUGACUGUCAGCGCAUGGUCGUGCGGCAUGCCCGCCGCCUGCUCCCCACACGGACUCCGGGCGGUCCCCACCCGCAGAAGCAGACCUUCAGCUCAGGCCCCGGCAUUGCCAUCAGCAGCCUCAGCAUCUCCCCGGCCAUGUGUGCUGUGGGCUCUGAGGACGGCUUCCUUCGGCUCUGGCCCCUGGACUUCUCCUCGGUGCUCCUGGAGGCAGAGCACGAGGGCCCCGUCAGCUCAGUCUGUGUCAGCCCCGAUGGCCUCCGUGUGCUGUCUGCCACCUCCUCGGGCCACCUGGGCUUCCUGGACACGCUGUCCCGGGUGUACCACAUGCUGGCUCGCUCCCACACCGCCCCGGUGCUGGCCCUCGCCAUGGAGCAGAGGCGGGGACAGCUGGCCACCGUGUCCCAGGACCGCACCGUCCGCAUCUGGGACCUGGCCACCCUGCAGCAGCUAUACGACUUCACAUCAUCAGAGGAAGCCCCGUGCGCUGUCACCUUCCACCCCACAAGGCCAACCUUUUUCUGCGGCUUUAGCAGUGGGGCCGUGCGCUCCUUCAGCCUGGAGGCCGCUGAGGUCCUGGUGGAACACACGUGCCACCGAGGAGCUGUCACCGGCCUGACCGCCACCCCUGACGGCCGCCUGCUCUUCAGCUCCUGCUCCCGGGGCUCCCUGGCCCAGUACAGCUGUGCGGACCCCCAGUGGCAUGUCCUCCGAGUGGCAGCGGACAUGGUAUGCCCGGAUGCCCCCGCGAGCCCCAGCGCCCUGGCAGUCAGCAGGGAUGGCCGCCUGCUGGCCUUCGUGGGACCCUCGAGGUACACAGUGACAGUCAUGGGCUCGGCCUCCCUUGAUGAGCUGCUGCGAGUUGACAUCGGCACUCUGGACCUGGCCAGCAGCCGCCUGGACUCAGCCAUGGCUGUGUGCUUUGGCCCUGCAGCUCUGGGCCACCUGCUGGUGUCCACCUCGUCCAACAGAGUCGUGGUGCUGGAUGCUGUGUCGGGCCGCAUCAUCCGGGAGCUGCCCGGUGUCCACCCUGAGCCCUGCCCCUCCUUGACGCUCAGUGAGGACGCCCGCUUCCUGCUGAUUGCCGCCGGCCGGACCAUCAAGGUGUGGGACUACGCGACACAGGCCAGCUCAGGCCCCCAGGUGUACAUCGGCCACUCGGAGCCCGUGCAGGCUGUGGCCUUCUCUCCUGACCAGCAGCAGGUCCUCAGCGCAGGGGACGCCGUCUUCCUCUGGGAUGUCCUGGCCGCUACUGAAAGCGACCAAAGCUUCCCCGGGGCCCCCCCAGCCUGCAAGACAGGCCCGGACACAGGACCGCUGGAGGACGCAGUGUCCAGGGCCAGCGAGCUCCCCCGGCAGCAGGUCCCCAAGCCAUCUCAGGCAUCUCCACCACGGCUGGGCGUCUGUGCCAGGCCUCCCGAAGGUGGCAAUGGCGCCAGGGACACCAGGAAUUCGGGGGCCCCACGCACCACCUACCUGGCUUCCUGCAAGGCCUUCACGCCUGCCAGGGUCAGCUGCAGCCCCCACUCUGCCAAGGGCACUUGCCUGCCUCCCGCCAGUGGUGGGUGGCUGCGUCUGAAGGCUGUCGUCGGCUACGGCGGGAAUGGGCGGGCCAACAUGGUCUGGAGGCCGGACACAGGCUUCUUUGCCUACACGUGCGGCCGCCUGGUGGUGGUGGAGGACCUGCACUCUGGCGCCCAGCAGCACUGGUCCGGCCACUCUGCGGAGAUCUCCACGCUGGCCCUCAGCCACAGUGCCCAGGUCCUGGCCUCUGCCUCGGGCCGCAGCAGCACGACCGCCCAUUGUCAGAUCCGCGUCUGGGACGUGUCUGGCGGCCUCUGCCAGCAUCUCAUUUUCCCCCAUAGCACCACCGUGCUCGCCCUGGCCUUCUCACCAGAUGACAGGCUUCUUGUCACACUGGGGGACCACGAUGGCCACACCCUCGCCCUAUGGGGCACGGCCACCUAUGACCUCGUGUCCUCCACCCGCCUCCCAGAGCCGGUGCAUGGCGUGGCCUUCAACCCCUGGGACGCCGGCGAGCUCACCUGUGUGGGCCAGGGCACUGUCACCUUCUGGCUCCUUCAGCAGCGCGGGGCAGACAUCAGCCUUCAGGUGCGUCGAGAGCCGGUCCCAGAGGCAGUGGGGGCUGGAGAGCUGACCUCGCUCUGCUACGGGGCACCCCCCCUGCUCUAUUGUGGCACCAGCUCUGGCCAGGUCUGUGUCUGGGACACGCGUGCCGGCCGCUGCUUCCUGUCCUGGGAGGCGGACGACGGUGGCAUUGGGCUGUUGCUGUUCUCGGGUUCUCGAUUGGUCAGUGGCAGCAGCACGGGGCGGCUGCGCCUGUGGGCCGUGGGGGCUGUGUCAGAGCUGAGGUGCAAGGGCUCAGGCGCCAGGUCCAGUUCUGUGUUCAUGGAACAUGAGCUGGUGCUGGAUGGGGCUGUGGUGAGCGCCAGCUUCGAUGACAGCAUGGACAUGGGCAUCGUGGGCACCACGGCGGGCACGCUCUGGUUUGUCAGCUGGGCCGAGGGCACCAGCACGCGCCUCAUCAGUGGCCACAGGAGCAAGAAACCUGUCUUUAGUAUUUGGAGAUGACGAUAGCCAGCAAAGAAAGUUGAGUUUGAGACAGGUGAGGGUUGUUUACUUUUCUGGAAGCAGGUUUGUUGAGGUGUAGUUGUCACAGCACGAGCUCUGUGUGUUUCAGGGGGUGGCUAUCGGCAUAUUGAGCAGCUGUGGAGCUAGAGGAAACCCCAUGUGUGCCUGUUCCUCGGUCACUCCCCGUUUCCCACCUCCCCAGCCCCUGGCAACCACUGAGUGGCUUUCUGUGUCUGGGUUUUCCUGUUCAGGAUAUUCUGUAGGAACUGGCUCACCUGGCUUCUCACCCUGAGCAUGGUUUCCAGGGUCAUCCCGGCCGCUGUGUGUGCCAAGCCAGUCAUCCCUCUUUAUGGCCAAAUACUGUUGCAUUGUACGGAUAGAUCAUGUGUGUGUCCAUCCACCAGGGCCGGGAAAUUCGGCCUGAGUCCGUGACCUGAGCCUGUGACCUGAGCCCGUGGUCACUGGUGGCCUUCCUGUGACGUGGAAGUGCGAGGAAUUCUGGGCCCCGCCUGUGUGGUUCUGCCUGGGCGGUUCUGCCUGGGCCUGGACUUCGCCGUUUGCUUGGAGGGCCCAGGGCCCUCCCGGGGAGAUGGACUGAGCUGUCCUGGCCUGGGCGGUUCUGCCUGGGCCUGGACUUCGCCGUUUGCUUGGAGGGCCCAGGGCCCUCCCGGGGAGAUGGACUGAGCUGUCCUGGCCUGGGCGGUUCUGCCUGGGCCUGGACUUCGCCGUUUGCUUGGAGGGCCCAGGGCCCUCCCGGGGAGAUGGACUGAGCUGUCCUGGCCUGGGCGGUUCUGCCUGGGCCUGGACUUCGCCGUUUGCUUGGAGGGCCCAGGGCCCUCCCGGGGAGAUGGACUGAGCUGUCCUGGCCUGGGCGGUUCUGCCUGGGCCUGGACUUCGCCGUUUGCUUGGAGGUCCCAGGGCCCUCCCGGGGAGAUGGACUGAGCUGUCCUGGCCUGGGCGGUUCUGCCUGGGCCUGGACUUCGCCGUUUGCUUGGAGGGCCCAGGGCCCUCCCGGGGAGAUGGACUGAGCUGUCCUGGCCUGAGUCCCUGCAGUCCCUCAUUGCUCAGCUGAACUGAAUUUUAUUUUAUUUUAUUUUUUUUGAGACGGAGUUUCUUGUCGCCCAGGCUGGAGUGCAGUGGCAUGAUCUUGGCUCACUGCAAGCUCCGCCUCCCGGGUUCACGCCAUUCUCCUGUCUCCGCCUCCGAAGUAGCUGGGACUACAGGCGCCCGCCACCACGCCCGGCUAAUUUUUUGUAUUUUUAGUAGAGUCGGGGUUUCACCGUGUUAGCCAGGAUGGUCUCGAUCUCCUGACCCCGUGAUCCGCCCGCCUCAGCCUCCCAAAGGGCUGGGAUUACAGGCAUGGGCCACCGCGCCUGGCUGAACUGAUUUUUUUUUAAUGAAGUGCAUCGUGUUCCCACUUGCACUUAAAGUUCACAUUUGGUGCCAGGCUGUAUCGCUUCCUCUAACUGGUGAGUGGCACCUGUGUCUCCUUUCUGCCAGUCCAGCAGUGCCAGCUGUCAGCGGCACCUGCAUAAUGACACGUCUGCAUUUCCCCCCAAUCGGCGUGCAGCAGUUUUGGGAGGAGGAAUGCGACUGCAUGGCGUGCUCGCUGCAACCUCAGUCUGCAGCCUGCUAGGGACGCACGGCCACACUCCUGUCUUUCAGCCUCAGUCUGCAGCCUGCUAGGGACUCACGACCACGCUCCUGUCUUUGAGGUGCUGUCAGAACAGCUUUCUCCUCGGUAUCCCGCCGGGUUUGACUGGCUAGUGGGCUUGCUUUGGUUUGGACUCACCCAGAUCUAGUGCAGGGACACACACGGAGGCCAGCACUGCUCCUUUCCGCCAUGUGGAGUUGGCCGGGGCCAG